GAAGCCACGCAACGCCUGAGCUUCUCUUCUCUGCAGUGAAGACGAUGACGAGGAUGACCACAACGACGUCGUCCCGAACGUUGCUCCUCAGCAGCUUUGCCUUUCUUUCGUCGAAGCCCUGUACUGCAAAAUGUUCACUCUAUCUUCAUCAAUUGCGUAGACCUAAACCUCUUGACUACACCUCAAGUUUAUGUACAAAACCACUCAUCAAAUCGAGGACCCUUUCAUGCUACGCUGCACGUCGCAAACCUACAGUAUCAACCGUAUCUUCAGGCGAGGAGGGCGAUGACAACACAAAAAGAGUGCUCCAAAUUGCUUUGUGGAUCGCUGAGGGUAUCUACAUUGGCUGGCUCUUCCUGCUUCCUUUUGCCCCUGGAGAUCCUGUAUGGGCCAUCAGUAAAGACACAAUAAACUCUCUCGUGGGCCUUUCUCUCAACUUCUUUUUCAUACUGCCUUUCUCAAACUUUGUUGGCAUUCGUGUGAUGGAGGCUCCAGUUCUUCAUCCUAUGUCUGAAGGACUAUUCAACUUUGUCAUUGGCUGGACAUUCAUGUUUGCCCCUCUGCUGUUCACAGAUCGUAAGAGGAAUAGAUACAAAGGAUCUCUGGAUGUACUUUGGGGCCUGCAGAUGUUCCUGACAAACACAUUUUUGAUACCAUAUAUGGCUAUCCGAUUGAAUGAUGCUGAUGAUGACAACAUUCAAAGCAAACACUCACAGUUAGGCGCUGUAAUGACAAAGGGUGCUCCAAUUGUGGGAAUCAUUGGAGGGGCUGCGUGUCUUCUAUCUCUAUGGUGGGCUCUAUAUGGUAGAAUGGAUGCAAAUUUUGGAGGCAUAGCAGAGAGAUGGGAUUUCUUGUUGGAUUAUCUCGGUUCAGAAAGGCUGGCGUAUGCAUUUAUAUGGGAUAUAUGCCUCUACAUCAUCUUUCAGCCAUGGUUGAUUCAGGAGAACCUCCAAAAUGUCCAGGAAACCAAGGUUUUUACAGUUAAGUAUCUUAGCUAUGUCCCUGUGGUUGGCUUAAUUGCUUAUCUUCUUUGCUUGGAUCAAGAAGUGGUGUGACUUGCAAGAAACUUCUUAGGUAGAAACGAUUUUCAUGUAGUAAGUAAACAAAGUCAUUCAUGGAGAGAGAUGUUAACUUGCCAAACUCAUUAAAUACUUACAGGUUUAUUCGUGAUUGACUUGGUUUACUUACUUCUUAUGUUGUGAUUUUACUCAAAAACUUCUGUGGUUCAGGAUGUUUAUGUUGCAAAGAAAUAUAUUGACACACACACCCUAUAUUUACCUUUCAACA